AUGCUUGGAUUAAUUGUUCUCGGUAUAUGUGCUGCUGUAGCUUUAACCGGCAAAAUCUGCCAGAGCUUGCGCAAUGGAAUGACAGUUAAUCAAGUUGGAUAUGUUUUACCUGGAAACGGCUUCGAAAAUUUUGUUUCUGCUUCGACUAAUCAAAAAUUCACUGUUAAAAUCUCAAAAGGUCCAUUAGUUAUCAAUAGCAUUAUCCAAAGACUUAAAGCAUUUGUUCCAACCACUUUACAAUCUAAAAUUUCUGAUGUUGAAGAGAUGCUCAAGAGCAUGGCUGACUUAGGAGGCUACGAACUCGAAUCUGCUCAUAAAUCUCUUACUUGCACAACAUAUAAUUCAAAUACAGGCAAAUUAGGAAUUUUUAAUGUUAUUUUUACACCAAUUUCCGACGAUUUGAUGACUGUUCAACUCUACGACAUCAACGCAAACUUCAAGAUGCCAGCAUCUUUCAUCAUUGCUGAGACUACAAUCUCCAACAAAUGGAGAACAAAGACUGAGCAAUCUCUUAUCGAAAAACCACGCGAACUCACAGUCCAAGCGGUUACAGAUGCAAUUUCAAUGGCUAUCGCUCCUUGCCUUCAAGGAUACGUUGAAAUGCCGAACGAAAUUCGAGAUUUAUAUACAGGAAAGUCUAAAUCAGAAGGCCCAGGCAUUGACAGUAUUCCAUCUUCUUUCAAGUAA